AUGGCAGCGCCUGGCGAUGGCGCGACCACAGGGGGCGAUGGGCUGCCCUUCAUCGGCAGCCUGAUGCGGCUCAUCAGCAGCGGCGAUGUGGCCUACCAGGGCAUCCUCUGGUCGAUCGAUAUGCCAAACUCGACCAUCGCCCUGUCGAACGUACGCUGCUUCGGCACUGAGGGCCGGCGGAAGGAGAACGAGGUGCCGCCCAGCGACCAGGUCUUCGAGUAUGUGGUUUUCAAGGGCUCCGAGAUCAAAGAGCUGACUGUGGUGCAGCCGCCGCCGCAGCAGCCCCCGCCCGCCGCGGCGCCGCCGCCGUUCCAGGAUCCGGCCAUCGUGUCUGCGGGCCCGCCGCCGCCCUCCGCGCCCGGCGGCUGGGGCGCGCCGCCGCCGCCGCCGCAGCCCUACGGCGCGCCGCCGCCGUUUGGGAGCAGCCCGUGGGGGCCGCCGCCGCCAGGCGGCGCGCCGCCGCCGCCGUCGAGCCCUCCGGCGGGCCCUCCUCUUGGCCAGCCCGCCCCCGCGCCAGCCCCUACAGUGGCAAUCACCCCCAUGGGUGCCGCCAAUGGCUCCGGCCCCCCGCCGGCGCCGCAGCAGCGCCCCAGCUCUUACGCCCACGCCGCAGGCGGGCGCGCGCCACUGCAGCACCCGCGCGGCGGCCGCGGCGGCGGCGGCCGCGGCGGCGGCCACCAGCAGCAGCACGGCGGCGGCGGCGGCCGCGGCGGCGGCGGCGGCGGCGGCCAGCAGCAGCACAACCGCCCGCCGCCGCAGCCCCGCCCGCCUCCGGUGGAGGUGCCCAAGGAGGAGUUUAACUUUGAGGAGGCGCUCAAGCGGUUCAACAAGGGGGCCCUGGAGAAGGAGGCGGAGGAGCAUGCGGCGGCUACCGCGGGCGCGGGCGCGGCCGUGGAUACUACGGCGGCAGGCCCCGGCUUGUUGCCAGCCUGCUGGCCAGCAGUGCGCGAGUGGGAGCGAGCUGCUGUCGCCCAGCAGCAGCAGCAGCAGCUGCGCUGGUUGCGCCUCGGCCGCGGCGGCCGCGGCCGUGGUGGCCAGCAGCAGCAGCAGCAGUCGGCUGCGGUCUGA